AUGUGGUAACAGAGAUGUCUCGUGGUAAUUUAUUAGACUGUUGAGGGGAAACUUGAAAAGGGACUUUUAUAUUACAUUCUGCAGAAUUAGAUCUCUGCUUCGAACUACGGCGAAUUCAAUGUUGGACGUUGGCAGCACCGCAGUCACGUGAGGAGUCGAAAAUCGAUAGUUCCUAUCUUCACGCCGUUGGUAUUUACAGUGAAAAGAACUGUAUCAGGCUGUGUGAAACGGCUUAAGAAUAUUAAUUAAAAAGCUAUUAUUUAUAAAUACUUGGAAAUAAGAUGUCGUAUCAAUUAUAUAGAAAUACUACGUUGGGAAAUACGCUGCAAGAAAGUCUGGACGAGUUAAUUCAAUAUGGACAAAUUACACCUCAACUUGCGAUUAAAGUGUUACUUCAAUUUGACAAAGCUAUUAAUCAGGCUCUUGCAACAAGAGUCAAAUCACGGCUUACAUUUAAGGCUGGCAAGUUGAAUACCUAUAGAUUUUGUGAUAAUGUGUGGACUUUCAUGUUAAAUGACGUCGAAUUUCGAGAGGUUCAAGAAGUGGCCAUUGUUGACAAAGUGAAAAUAGUGGCUUGUGACGGCAAAACUUUAGAUGCAGAUGCUACCACCAAACGAUAACGGCUAUUGGAAUGGAAUUUGACUGAUGUUUAUGAUCAUUACGUUUAGGUGAUUGUGAGACUUACUUGAAGCAUAAAUCACAUUGUCAUGUAUUGGAAAGGCAGCCUGAUGAUAAUUCAGUGAAACAUUAGACAAAUAUGAUUGUGAUGUUUGCAGUUAAUUUUAUACAUUUCGUCAGUGAAGGAUCGUACACAUUUUAUUAAGGGUAAUUUUAGUUGGACUUGUAAGAUGAGCAAUUGACAUGCAAUGAAUGUGUAUGUAUCACAGAAUUUUAUAUUUUGUACAAAGUUAGUAAAAUGACUAAUUAUUCAUAUUGAAGGUUGCUAAUUAAUCAAUGCCUUUAAUGAAAGAAAAUAAUUUUCACUUAAAAGUAUCGUGUAGCGAUCUGCAGCAGCAAUGCAAUGCAAUGCAAUGUGAAAUAUUGUUUGGCCUUUAACAAGUACUUUUAAAAAUUACCAUACCGAUAUAUGUUUGUAAUUCUCAAGAGUCAGUGAUAUACUUACAUUGACUUGCAAUUAGAUUCAUUGAUUAUAAUUCCUUUUUGAGUAAAUUUGAAAUAUAUACAUAGACUGCAAUUAGUAAGCCUAGUCAGUAAUAUUAAAUGAAUGAAAUCUGUCAGGGACCAAAUAGCUUAACAUAAAUUCGAAACCUUCGAAUACAGUAAAUUGAUUCAUAACAUUUAAAAGUUCUGCAUUCAUUAACUGUUCAAAUGGAGCUUCCCACUUGUCACUUACACAAUAUUUCGAAUAACGUAGGAAUCGCAUCAAUCGAUGAACAGCUGAGUUAUUAAAUUGUAAGUAAAUAAGUGGGUUCUAAAAUUGUCAGGUCACAUGGUCUAUUUGAAUCAAGAACCAUUCUAUGUGUAAUGCACAGUAUUUUUCAAGUAACACUAAUAAAGUUAUAUAAAUUUAACAAAUUAUACAUUGGAUUUAAAUAAACUGAACACUAUAAGAGUA